AUGUGGAAGUGUUUAUUUAUAUUGGUGAUCGUGACUUUGACUUUCACUUGCUCUGAGGGUGAUGUAGCACAGAAGUCACCUGGAGUGUCAACGAAGAUUUUCUUCGGCAGUCUUUUUGGUAACCGACCGCCGUGGCUGGAGGCCCACCACCCGAAGACAACAUGUAGCUGCAAAUGUGGUGAACGUAAUGAGGUGUCACGAAUUGUGGGGGGUGUAGAGACCGGUAUCAACGAGUUUCCGUGGAUGGCUCGACUGUCGUAUUUCAAGCGGUUCUAUUGCGGAGGCAUGCUUAUUAACGACAGAUAUGUACUGACAGCUGCACAUUGUGUUAAAGGGUUUAUAUGGUUUGUGAUAAAGGUAACCUUUGGUGAACACAAUCGUUGCAACGCCACCACAAGGCCGGAGACUCGCUUCGUGCUUCGGGCCAUCGCAAAUAAGUUCACGCUCAGUAACUUUGACAAUGAUAUAGCACUAUUGCGCCUUAACGAGAGGGUGCCUAUUUCUGAGACCAUUAAGCCGAUUUGCUUGCCUGAUAACGAUAAACACCUUUACGUGGAUGUCAAAGCGGUAGCCGCAGGCUGGGGAACCCUGACAGAAGAGGGUAAAGUGUCCUGUACUCUACAAGAAGUCGAAGUGCCCGUCAUCAGCAAUCAAGAGUGUAGAAAUACUAAAUACACCCCUUCUAUGAUAACAGAUAAUAUGAUGUGUGCUGGAUAUCCCAAAACCGGAGGAAAGGAUUCUUGUCAGGGAGACAGUGGCGGUCCUCUCAUUGCCGAGAGAAAGCACGACAAACGCUAUGAGCUCAUUGGUGUUGUGUCUUGGGGUAAUGGUUGUGCAAGGGCCGGUUAUCCAGGCGUAUAUACCAGAGUCAGCAAAUAUUUGGAGUGGAUUCGUGAAAAUACUCAAGACGGAUGCUACUGUACUGAUUAG